AUGUCUAUGUUCAGAGAAUGCCUAGACGAGUGUGGAUUAAUGGACCUUGGUUUCGCUGGUCCUAAGUUCACGUGGAACAAUAGACAAGAAGGAGAUGAUCUAGUCCGGGUCCGUCUUGAUCGUGCAGUUGCAAAUGGGUCGUUCACCGAGCUGUUUAGUGGCUACCGUGUGGAGAAUGUAAUUACUACAUCAUCGGAUCAUCUUGCCGUGUCAAUCACCUUGGCAGCGUUGGAGGAAACAGCUCAUGUGUUGCCGGUUCAGCAACAAUUCAGAUUUGAAGCUGCUUGGCUGCGAGCACCAGAUUAUCAAGAGGUGAUGGAGCGUGCAUGGGAGGAAGGCAGGGAUGGCACCCAUUCUCUGCAGUCCACGUGUGAGAACUUGCAUCGGCUGGCCGGUUCCUUGAAGAGAUGGAGCGCUGAAUCUUUUGGGGCCAUCCGAAAGAAGAUUCUCAAGUUGGAACGCAAAUUAAAAGGCAUGCGUUGUUCUGAUGCUGAUAGCCAUGGUAUCCAACAAGUUGAAAAAUCUCUUUGUGAAUUAUUUGAGAGAGAGGAAAUCAUGGCUCGGCAAAGAUCUAGGGUGGACUGGCUCCGUGAGGGAGACAGGAAUACUGCCUUUUUCCAUGCGAGGGCAACAUCACGUAAAAGAACAAACAAAAUUUCAUGUCUAACAAGAGAAGAUGGGUCGAAGUGUGAUGACAUGGGUGAGAUAAAAGGCAUGGUGCAUCAUUUUUAUGAGCAUAUUUUUACUGCCGAGACAUGUCCUUCGUGUGAUGCUGUGUUGAACUCCAUUCCUAUUAAAGUAACUGAUGAUAUGAAUGAGUCCUUAUGCAAGGAAUAUACAGAUGAGGAGAUCAAAACGGCAUUGUUUCAGAUGGGGCCCACUAAGGCGCCUGGUCCAGAUGGGUUCCCGGCACUUUUUUAUCAAACACAUUGGGAAUUUCUCAAGGAGGAGAUUUGUUGUGCGGUGAGAAGCUUUCUUGCAGGCAACGAAAUUCCAGCUGGAUUUUGUGACUCUGUUAUUGUGCUUAUCCCGAAGAUCAACAAUCCUCAACAUCUGAAGAAUUUCCGCCCCAUAAGCUUAUGUAACGUGUUGUACAAGAUUGCAUCCAAGGUUCUGGCAAACCGGUUGAAGCCAAUCUUGCCAUUUGUUGUAUCAGAAAAUCAGAGUGCCUUUGUUCCUGGAAGGUUGAUAACGGAUAAUGCUUUGAUUACCUUCGAAUGUCUCCAUACAAUAAAGCAACAAAGGAAUAAGUGGCCCUUUUUUGCCUUGAAGAUCGACAUGAUGAAAGCCUAUGACAGAGUUGAGUGGAGCUACUUGCAUGGUUGUCUCUCGCGUCUGGGUUUUGCUAAUUCUUGGAUCAGGUCAGUGAUGAGGUGUGUGACAUCUGCUAGAUAUGCUGUUCGUGUUAAUGGAGACCUCACUGAGCCAGUGGUGCCUAUGAGAGGCAUUCGUCAGGGUGACCCCAUCAGCCCCUAUCUCUUUAUUCUUUGCACUGAAGGACAGAAAAUAAAUCUUGAUAAGUCAACUAUAUUUUUUGGUAAUGGGUGCCGAAAUGAGAUCAAGAUGGCAGUGAAGCAAAAGUUGGGUGUUCAUAAUGAGCUGCUUCAAGAUUACUAUUUGGGCAUGCCCACUGACUUGCCGGUUGCCACCUGUGAACAGAUGAGGAAAUUGAUAGCAAAUCAGUGGUGGGGAUUAGAAAAUGGCAAAAGGAAGAUGCAUUGGAGAUCUUGGGAGUGGCUCUCAUCUCCCAAAACCAUGGGCGGGAUGGGGUUUCGAGAUAUGGAGAUCUUUAACCAGGCUAUGCUAGGUCGGCAAGCAUGGCGGCUGCUCACGGACCCGUCGUCCUUGUGUGCUCGUGUACUUAAGGGGCGCUACUACCCCUACGGGGCCAGAUGGGGUGUUGGGAAUGGAUCAACGAUCAAGAUUGCAAAGGAUAAUUGGAUUCCAGGCUCUAGACCUGAAAUGCUUCGGACUCUGAUGCCUCUUACUGAUGGCCAGACGGUGGACUCCUUGUUUGCCGGGAAUUCAUUGUCAUGGAACGACGCAAGUGUCCGUUCUGUUUUUGAAGAGACUGUUGCAGAACAGGCUACGGUUCUAGCUGUGACUUUCUGGCAUAUUUGGGAUGCCCGUAAUAAGCUGAGAGAGGAGGGUGGCACUGUUAAUCCCCUCAAUAUUGCAGUAAAGAUUAAAGCCUAUGUCGAGCUGAUUCUGACAGAUCGAUCCAAGCCUUCACAUGGCCAUAGGCGUGAGACCUCUCGAGCAGUUUCCUGGAUGGGUGCCGGGGCUGUGUUACGUGAUCAAAUGGGUGUGUUCAUCGCUGGUAUCGGUGAUAGCUCCCCUGAUGUUUCGAACCCUGAGCUGGCCGAGGCAAUGGCGAUCAGGCUUGCCCUUUCCUGGGCGAAGGAUGAAGGUCUGGAUGGUUUUAUUGUGGCCUCUGACUGCCUGUCUGUUAUACAGCGGAUCAAGGCCGAUGAAAGGGACCGUUCGCUCUGUGGAUCGAUAAUCCAUGAUAUUAAGAAGCUGUAUACGUAG